AUGGCCUCGUUGAACCUCUCCCAAAACGGACCUGCGAUCGCGAAUAGCUACCAGAAAAUCGUCAACGCCGCGCCUCCUGGCUCCAACUCGCCGACGUAUGGAAUAUGGGCUCUGUAUUCGGUCAAGGCACCGCUGGCCAACGCGUUUCAGGCAGACUCUAGCAAGGAGAGUGUUCUGUCUGUGCAGACGACGGGCGAGGGCGAAUUGGUGGAUCUCAUUGAAGACUUCUCGGACGGACGCAUUCAAUUCGCAUUCGUCAAAGUCAAGGACCCCAACACAACGCUGCCGAAGAACGUCCUUAUCGCGUGGUGCGGUGAGGGGGUGCCGGAAAGGACAAAGGGAUACUUCACCAGUCAUCUCAAUGCUGUCUCAAGGCUGCUGCACGGCUACCACAUUCAGGUCACGGCACGUUCGGAUCGUGAUCUGACGCCUGAGCUCAUCGUGAAGAAGGUGCAGGACUCAUCGGGCUCGAAGUACAGCGGGGGUGGGUCUGCCCCAUCGUCCGGUCCUCCGCCACCCACUAAAUCGAAACCGGUGCUCCCUACGAAGAGCUUCGGCGCUGCCGGUGGCUUCCAGGCGUUGRGUUCGCGCUCCAGGGCUCCUGCGCCUCAAGGUGCAGUGGACGACGAUGGAUGGGGCCAGGAUGCGCCGCCAGUUGCGCGAUCGCAACUGGAAAAGGUCGCGCCGGCAUACCAACCUACCAAGGUCAACAUGGCCGAACUGCAAAAUCAGCGACAGCCAUCCCAGUACCAGCCACCUCCGCGCCCUACCAACAGUUCGGCGGACGUGGUCAGUGGCGGUUAUCAGCCUAUAGGAAAAGUAGACAUUGCUGCGAUUAGGAAGCAGGCRCAGAAUGUGCAGGAUGACAGGCCGACUGUUGUCAAGGGCGCAUACGAGCCAAUUGGUAAGGUGGACAUCAACGAGAUCAGACGAAAGGCCCAGGGUGCUCCCGCGCCGGCACCACCACCAGCACAGACACGGUCCGCGGGAGAAGAUGGCGAGACACCUCAGUCCCUCGCAGACCGAUCUGCUGCGUUCCAGCAGGCCGGCAGAUUGGCAGAGCUGCCGAAGCCCAAGGUAGCCAACCGGUUCGGAGCCACUGCGAGCAAUUUCUCAGGCACCAAAGCCCCUGCACCUGGCGGUUUUCAGGCAAAACCUUUGGCCACGGCAGCGCCUGUGGGCACUGCAAGUAAGACUUUUGCCGACGAGGGCGGGAAGACACCUGCACAGUUGUGGGCGGAGAAGAAGGCACGAGAGCGCGGCGAUGCAGGGGCCGCGGACACUCAGCGACCCUCUAACACUGGAGAUAGGACAGCUUCGCCAAUUCAGAGCCAGCCGAGUGGUGCUUGGGCCAGCGGUUAUGAGGGAAAGAAGUGGGGUGUGCAGAUUCCGUCACGCACUGGCGGCAGCGGUAUCAGCGAGCAACAUACAGGUCAGGAUGAUAGCGAAGCUCAGGUCGGGCCUCCUAGCGGCGGGGUGGGGUCUAUUAGAGACAAAUUUGCUGGCGCAGCGCCGAUGGGAGCUGCUCGCAACGACACUGGGGAGGCACCGGAGCCCCCGGCGCUAGACACCUCCAGCAAACCGAAUGCGGGAGUUCGUGGCGUACCGAUGCCCGGGUUGCCUCCAAGAACGUCCGAUGUUCCUGCUGAGCAGCAUCAGCAAUUGCCACCGCCGCCACCUCGAGGAGUGCCAGACGAUGAGGAAGAAGAUGAAGAGCCAGAAUCAUACCCGCAGGGCUCUCCCGUCCGAAUUGCAAUGCCCGUUGGUCGCGGUGCGGACCCAAUCGAGCCAGCUGAGCAGCUGCCGCCCAGAGCCGUUCCAGCGUCACUUGCUCAAGUAGCCGACGAGCACCAAGAUCCGGAGCCAGAGCAACGCAUGCAAGCAAACGAUGACUCUCGGUUGGCAUCUCAGGAAGCUGCUAUCAGCACUUUUGGUCAUGCCGAGGACACGCGCGGUGCCGGAGAUGCGGGUGGUAAGGAGGCGAUCGCACAAUACGACUACACCAAGGAUGAGGCCAAUGAGAUUGAGCUGCAAGAAGGCGAGCGUAUUGUCAACAUUGAAAUGGUAGACGACGACUGGUGGAUUGGAGAGAACAGCAAGGGCGAAAAAGGCCUGUUUCCGAGCAACUAUGUCGAGCUAAUCGAGGGCGGUGCGGGUGCAGCUCCCCCAUCGCCACCUAUGGCCGGCCACGCAGCGCCUCAGCCAGCGGGUGCCCUGCCGACGGCGACUGCGGAAUACGAAUACGAAGCAGCAGAGGAAAACGAACUCAGUUUCCCGGAUGGCGCGACGAUCACGAAUGUGGAAUUCCCCGACGAGAACUGGUGGUCUGGUGAAUUCAACGGCAAGGCAGGUCUCUUCCCUGCAAACUACGUCAAGCUCAACGAGUAG